AUGGACUCCUCUGGCUGUGCUUUAGUACAUAGAGUGAAUGCAACUGCUUACAGGCACAGGGCGGCAGAGUUCAACUGUUCCUCGCGUUUGAAUGACACUUCAUUGUACUAUUUGCUGGAGGAAUGGGCUCUCGACCUAUCAGUCACAAAUAUGAAGAUGUUUUUAAUUCCUCCAAUUGUCUGCAUCGUGGCAGGUGUCCUCAUCAUUCCUACCAUCUUGUUUGUGAUCUUCUCUAGCUUUAGCAUCCGUCAGGAAACAAGGUACAUGCUGCUGGGAAAUGCUCUACUUUCUGAUCUGAUCUACCUUUUGUUCUAUGCCCUGUUAAGUGCUCUCAAUGCAGCACAUGUACAUCUCCCAAAGGAAGCUUGUGUCCUCCUGUUGUUUUUGCUGUUAGUGGUGUACUGUGGAGGAUUGUUCACGGCUGCUGCCAUAGUCUUGGACGCAUAUGUAGCUAUUUUGUUUCCUUUGCGCUACGUUGCUAUUUUGCCUCCUUCACGAACCAGAAAAAUUAUCCUAUUACUGUGGAUGUGUGCUGGGGCUUUCCCUGGGAUUUUCUUCUUGGUGCUGUUGAGCAUCCACAGCUUUGCACCCUGUGUCCUGGAAAUGUGCUCGGUGCCAGUAAUACUGAUGUUGACUCUGAAUGGGACUAAUUCUGUGAAACUCUGUUUCUGGCUUUCUACCACGGUUAUCUUUCUCUUCCUGUCUCUAAUAUUUUGUUGCUAUGCUAUUCUGUAUUUUAAAACCAAACAAUCGGGUAUAUGGAAGAGCAUCUGCUCCAGAGCUAGUGUAACAUUCUUAAUGCACAACACUGUGUUACUUUUUCACUUCUUUCCGCUCUUGGCCCUUUUUGUAGAAUCAUUCUUGUGCAUUAAAGUUGCCAUCAGACAGCAGACAGGAAUCUGGAUCUCCCUGGCAGUCUGCAAUUUCCUGCUGAUUCUCCCUAAAGUUUUGUUCCCUUUUCUAUAUGGGCUUCGAUACAGAGAGAUCUCAGCAUCUCUCAAAUCCAUUGUCAGAGGGAAGCAUAUUCAUCUGGUGUCAUUUGCCCAUCACCAUCCUGAGCCAACUCAGAGCACAGCCGCAGCAAAGGAGUUGUCCUUACCUCAUUAG